AUGUCCAACGAAACUACCACUGAGUCCGGGUUGAUUGCAUCCGCCGUUCCCGUUCUGGGUGAGACACGCAUGGGGAGUGUUACUGAUUACUCAACUGAAUGCCCUGCUAUUGUCACCAUGGAACGUAAUAAGUUUAGCAAGUGGCUUGUCCGACGAGCAGACGGUGACGAUUUUGCGAUGAUGCCUGCUCCUGAGGAUGAACUUACCACCCGAAUCCUAGAGCUUGUUCCAAACCUAAAACUACCGACGAAACAAGAGAUAUACGGUAGUGUAACGUUUACGAUUGAGCCUUGGGUCUACCACUAUGCCUUCGAUAAGUCGGCAAAACGAUCCAAAGACAUGGCAGUUAAAAUUGUAGUCAACAUUGCUACUUUGUGGGUGUUCAUGUAUACCACAUGA